AUGAUCGGUAGAAGCUGUGGAGAAAAUAUGGUGUUCCAAAUAUUUUCAAAGCAUAAUGGAUCUUGCGUCGAUAAAUGUAUUUGUGCUCAUAAUUUUGUGCAAAGUAAUUCAGGAUGCACCCAAUGUGAUUGGGAGGAGGAUGAUGCGGAUGAUAAUGGUGAUAAGAAAUAUUCAACAAGAAGGAAACUCGAAAAUGUAUGCUCUAUUGGCACCCAUUAUAUUUUGUUAACGUCCCGUCAGGAAGAUGAGAUUAAAAUGCUUGGGCCAAGAAAUUUUCGACAAGAGGUGCGCUAUAAGUGGCCAAAUUUGUGGCAUCAAUAUGGUCUUCAAAACCAUCAAUCAUGUGAAAAAUAUAUACUGUAUCCAAAAAUGCGUAUGCAAACUCAAUUCAGAGGAAAUAAAUGGGGAAUGCAUCAUUUCAUACAACUUGCAAUGCGCCAAAAAUCGAAGGAAUGCGCUAAAAAUGGUAAAAUCAUAAGGAAAGAGAUGGAAAUGAGAUGUAUUCGAGCUGCAAAGUGCAAGCUGAACGAAAUAUUUCACGAACUGGAAUGCGUGCAACUAGGACAUUCAUGUGGACCAAAUAUGCAACUGGAUAUAAUUGAUACAAGGCCUUCGCAUAAGAGCAAAAGUUGGAAAUGUGUUUUGCAAUGUCAAUGUGUCUAUGGAUAUAUUGAAGCGAAUGGCCGAUGCAUUGCGAUAUCCAAAAAUAUUCACGAAAGGAUUAAUUGCAUGCGAGGAAGAUGCAUUCUCAAUGAAGUAGUUCAAGACGUCACUUGUUCGUUGAAAGGCCGCUUCUGUGGACGAAACAUGAAGUUCAUUCUAAUUAAACAAACUGCGCACCGUUAUUAUUAUAACUGUAUUGUGCAGUGCAGAUGUGCAGAGGGCUAUAAGGAAGAAAAUGGCCAAUGCAUUGGACAGCAUAAAAAAACGAGACAACAUGGAAGAACAAAGAAUAUUUGCUUAGAAAAAAGUUGUGAAGUUGGGAUGACAAUUCAUGAUGAAGGAUGCCAUUUAACUGGAGAAAAUUGUGGAAAAAAUAUGAUAUUUCUUGUGAUCAGUAGUGGAAUUCGUCGUAGAACAUAUUCGAUUUAUUGCACACAAAGAUGUAGUUGCAUAAAUUCUGACUCUUCUGAAAGAAAUUCUGGUUGUGAAGAGGAUGGUACCACUGGUGAUUUAUCGAGUACCACUUUGCUUUAUACCAUUACUAAUGGAACUACUGGAAAGCACAAUUUAAAAAAGUAUAUAAGAAAAGAAUAUAAUAUUGGCGAAGAAAUUUCUGAUCUCGGUUGUCGUUUAAGAAAUCGCCGAUGCGGAAUCAAUAAGAAAUUCAUUACUGUUGCAGAAUUUUCUGCAGAACACGAUCCGAAUAUUAAAGGAUGUAUCGAACGCUGUAUUUGUGCCUUUACAAGACCUGACGGUUGCAUGCGAAAUUUCUAG